ACUGACCACAGCUCCCAAAAGGUUGUGGCCCAGGUUUGAAGAGGUGCAUUCCCAAGGAAUCAGUAUGGAGCCUGAGGAGUACAGACAGAGAGGGAAAGAGAUGGUGGAUUACAUUUGCCAGUACCUGAGCAAUGUGAGAGAGCGACGGGUGACUCCUGAUGUACAGCCAGGUUACAUGAGAGCCCAGCUGCCAGACUCUGCCCCAAUGGACCCAGACAGCUGGGACGACAUCUUUGGAGAUAUAGAGAAGAUUAUUAUGCCAGGGGUAGUCCAUUGGCAAAGUCCACACAUGCAUGCCUACUUUCCAGCUCUAACUUCCUGGCCUUCACUCCUUGGAGAUAUGUUGGCUGAUGCAAUUAACUGCUUGGGAUUCACAUGGGCCUCCAGCCCAGCCUGUACAGAACUGGAAAUGAAUGUGAUGGAUUGGUUGGCAAAAAUGCUGGGCCUUCCAGAUAAAUUCCUGCACCACCAUCCUGAUAGUGUGGGUGGAGGAGUAUUACAGAGCACUGUGAGUGAAUCAACCUUGGUUGCACUGCUGGCAGCACGGAAGAACAAAAUUCUAGAGAUGAAGGUUUCUGAGCCAGACACUGAUGAGUCCUCGCUCAAUUCUUGCCUCGUCGCUUAUGCAUCUGAUCAAGCACAUUCCUCUGUAGAAAAGGCUGGCUUGAUUUCUCUUGUGAAGAUAAAAUUUCUGCCUGUGGAUGAGAACUUUUCCCUCAGAGGUGAAACUUUGAAGAAAGCCAUUGCAGAAGACAGAAAAAAAGGCCUAGUGCCAGUCUUUGUCUGUGCAACUUUGGGUACAACUGGUGUCUGUGCUUUUGACAAUCUCUCAGAACUGGGUCCAGUUUGUGCUGCUGAGGGACUCUGGCUUCAUAUUGAUGCUGCAUAUGCAGGAACGGCAUUUGUAUGUCCUGAGUUUCGAUUGUUUUUGGAUGGAAUUGAAUAUGCAGAUUCCUUUACUUUUAAUCCUUCUAAGUGGAUGAUGGUCCACUUUGACUGCACUGGAUUUUGGGUUAAAGAUAAAUACAAGUUGCAUCAAACCUUCAGUGUUAACCCUGUCUACCUCAGACAUGCCAAUUCAGAAGCUGCAAUUGACUUCAUGCACUGGCAGAUUCCACUGAGUCGUCGAUUUCGCUCUUUGAAGCUGUGGUUUGUGCUUCGUUCAUUUGGGGUGAAAAAGCUUCAAGCUCAUGUCCGACAGGGUACUGAAACAGCCAAAUUCUUUGAAUCCUUGGUUAAAAGUGACCCACUCUUUGAAAUUCCUGCCAAGAGACAUCUUGGGCUGGUUGUAUUUCGCCUAAAGGGUCCCAAUUGGCUGACAGAAAAACUCCUGAAAGAACUAAGCAGUUCUGGCAGGCUCUUCCUCAUUCCAGCAACCAUCCAUGACAAGUUCAUCAUCCGCUUUACUGUGACAUCUCAGUUCACAACCAGGGAAGAUAUUCUGCAGGACUGGAGCAUCAUUCAACACACUGCAGCCCAAAUCAUUAGCCAGAAUUAUGGGUUGCACUACAUCAAUUCUGGUGAUGGGGCAGGAAUCCCCACUACAAUAGUUCAGCCUACUUCUGAUGCCAUUAGCAAUGUUCCUCAGCUUUACUUAGAUGGAGGGAAAUACAAAACACCUUCUAGAAAAACAGUAGUACAGCCUAAGAAAUUAUCAGUAAGUCCCAGUAAGUGUGUGAUUAGUCAGCAGGUGAAAGGUCAAGAGGAUCCCCUGGAUGACUGUUUUCCAGAAGAUGUCCAAAAUGUUACCAAACAUAAGUUAACCUCUUUUUUAUUCAGUUAUUUAUCUGUUCAAGGCAAGAAAAAGACAGCACGUUCCCUUAGCUGCACCAGUGUGCCAGUGACUGGUAAUCUGGAGCAAUGUAACCCCAAAGCAGCAGCCACUGACAAGAAGGAGUCUCGUGCAAAUGCCAGAGUUCUUUCCAGGCUGCCUGAAGACAUGAUGAUGUUCAAAAAAGACUGUGGUAAAGAAAAUGCCAAUUUCUACCUUACCAGUCCUGGUAAUCCAGCUGGAAACCACUUUAGGCUGGAAGCACUUUGACAAAUUGUUUCCAGACACUUACAGUCACCCUGUCCUGAAGGCAGUGCACUCAGACAGAUGGAUCUUCCCUCUGAUCCAGAACUACUAUUCCCAGGUUAUGUAAACAAUGAGCAUGGUUAAUGUCUAGGCCCUUAUACAAAAUCAGCUAAGCUCAUCAGCUAAGAUGUAGGUGGAGUUGGAGUAGUUCUGCUUCAUUAAGACAAUCUCAUAUUCACACUUUAUUUCUGCUAAAAAAUCAAUAACCAUGUUUCAUAUCACUUUUAAUAGUGCUAUUAAAUCUUUCUGUUUACACAAUAAAGCAAUAAACACACAGUGAGGAUGGCAAGAUGCCUAGUCUUAGAUGUUUAAAUUUAUAUUCAGCAACAGGAAGUGCCCUGAGUUGGACACUUGUAAUUUAUAAGCAUAUCUAAUGUGCUAGUAAGUAACAAAAGUGUGAUAAAGUUUUAGAAAAUUAUGGAAAGACUUUUUCCCCACUUCCUGUCCUUUCCUCCAUCUGUUUCUUUUAUUAUGUAAUUUAAUAGUAUUUUAUUAUACACUAAG